UGAGCUUGACACACCGGUGAGGAAACAAAACCCGGGUGAUUCUCACCGGUCGCGGUGUCUUCCUGCCGCGCGGUUCCGAUCAGCUGCUGCGGUUCGUCGUCGCUUCAUCGCCGGCUGUGAUUCAGCGGGUCUCCCUCUCUCACCGCGCGGGACUCACCAACUCUUCUGCCCGGUUCCCCGGUCCAUCAUGGCGAGCCGAAAGCGAUCGUUUCCCCCCGAUAGCAGCCUCAGCGCGCCGGGGAAGAGAGCACCGGGGCCCGGAGCGCCACAGACGGACUACGCGGGAUGGGGAGCAGAAGAAACGUGUCGGUACCUGCGGGCGGAAGGUCUCGGAGAGUGGGAGGAUGCGUUUAGAGAGCACAGAAUCACCGGGGUGGGGCUGCGCUACCUGGCGGAUGCUGAUCUGGAGAAGAUGGGCUUGAAGUUCCUCGGGGACCGCCUGCGAGUUCUACACAGCCUCAGGACGCUGUGGCAGAUCGAAGUGGAGCCGAGCAAGGUGUUCAACGAUCCCAUCCACGGCCACAUGGAGAUGCACCCUCUGCUCAUCAGAAUCAUCGACACGCCUCAGUUCCAGAGGCUCCGUCACAUCAAGCAGCUCGGGGGGGCCUACUUUGUUUUCCCCGGAGCGUCCCACAACCGCUUCGAACACUCCCUCGGGGUGGGGCAUCUGGCCGGACAACUGGUCCGAGCUCUGGACCAGAGGCAGCCAGAGCUCCACAUCACCCGCAGAGACGUCCUCUGUGUGCAGAUCGCCGGGCUCUGCCACGACCUCGGACACGGGCCCUUCUCCCACAUGUUUGACGGGAAGUUCAUCCCCAAAGCGCGCCCAGGUUUCACCUGGAAGCAUGAGGACGCCUCCGUGAAGAUGUUUGACCACCUGGUGGCUGACAACGAUCUGCAGCCCGUGAUGAAGGAGCACGGCCUGGUGCUGCCAGAGGACCUGGACUUCAUCAAGGAACAGAUCGCCGGACCGAUGGACCCAAAGGACAUGAAGAAGCUGGAGUGGCCCUAUAGAGGCCGUCCAAAGGACAAGUCCUUCCUCUAUGAAAUCGUGUCCAACAAAAGAAACGGCAUCGAUGUGGACAAGUGGGACUACUUUGCCAGGGACUGCUACCACCUGGGCAUCAAGAACAACUUUGACUACGGCCGCUGCCUGAUGUUCGCCAAAGUGUGUGAGGUAGACGGGCAGAAGCACAUCUGCACCAGAGACAAGGAAGUGGGAAAUCUGUACGACAUGUUCCACACAAGGAACUGUCUCCACCGGAGAGCCUACCAGCACAAAGUGGCCAAAAUCGUGGAGACUAUGAUCACUGAGGCCUUUUUGAAAGCAGACGGGCACAUCCUGUUUGAAGGCUCUAAAGGGAAGAUGUUCUCUCUCUCCACGGCAAUCGAUGACAUGGAGGCCUACACCAAGGUGACCGAUAACGUCUUUGAACAAAUACUCAACUCGUCCUCCGCGGCGCUGAAGGACUCGAGGGAGAUUCUUAAAAACGUCGUGUGUCGACGCCUCUACAAAUGUCUCGGCCACACCCAGGCGGACCAACACGAGAACGUCCCUCAGGAGAGGAUUGCGAGCUGGGAAGCCGAUCUGGCUCGAUGCGCCUCUCAGGACGUGGUUCUGAAUCCAGAGGACUUCAUCAUCGAUGUCAUCAACUUGGACUACGGGAUGAAGGAGAAGAACCCCAUCAACAGCGUGCGCUUCUACAGCAAGGACGACCCGAGCAAAGCCGUCCAGAUCCGCAAGAACCAGGUGUCUAAACUUCUCCCGGAGCAGUUUGCCGAGCAGCUGAUCCGGGUUUACUGCAAGAAGCUUGACAGCAGGAGUCUGGAGGCGGCAAAGAAGAACUUUGUCCAGUGGUGCAUGGACGAGAACUUCUCGAAGCCUCAGGACGGAGACAUAAUCGCCCCCGAGCUGACUCCUCUGAAGCCCAGCCGGCAGGAAGACGACGACAACAACAAGAAGGAAGUAAACCCAGUUGGUAAAGCCAGAAUUCAGCUUUUUGAAAGAUGAGAGAGAGCAGAGAAUCCUCCGUCACACAAAUAUAAUCUAUAUUAUCAAUAUUUUGUGCAAAGAUUAUAAUAUCUUUGCACCAAAAGAGGAUGCGGUGUUCAGGGCCCUUUGCUUAGGAUUUUAAACUCUUUGUAACAUUCACAAAUGUUUUUGUUUUAGUUUUAUCAUUUUUAAUGCAUGUUUCAUUUGAGAGCACGUGUAACUAAUCAUGCUCAUUUUCUUUCAGCUUUAAGAAACUUCUGUCACAACUUUUAAAAGAUAUAUUUAAAUAAUUCGUCAGUGAACAGAUUUUGACGUGUAUUUAUUUUUCAGAUGUGUGUGAUGUUGACUUAUUUAUAGUUCUGUUAACGAGCGGCUCAACCUAAUUAUUUUUAAGGUUUUUCUUUUUUUUUAUGUCACUUGAUGUUUUCCAUAUUACCAAAAUGUAAUCUAAUGCAAAUCUCCUGAGGUUUAUUUUAUUCUUGGCUGCUUUUGUAAAAAUGAUAAAAAGAAAAGAGAAAUAUUUUUGCGUGCAAAGGGAAACUUAAAGAUGCUGUGUGGUGCUCCAAAGAAAUAAAACGGGUUCCUCUCAG